AUGCCUAAUAGAAGCAUGCCUGCUGCUCCUUAUCCCACUCCUGGAGGAGGAAUGACAGUUGCGCUAUCUGAUAUUGUUGUAUUGAGGAAUCUUCUGAGGCCUUUCCAUGAUCUAAGCAAUGUAUAUUCCCUUUGCAAGUAUCUUGAACCUUUCUACACUCUACGCAAGCCUGUGGCAUCUACCAUAAAUACUUUGGCUGGAGCCUUAUACAAGGUUUUAAGUGCAUCAACUGAUCCUGCAAGAAAUGAAAUGCGUGAAGCAUGUUUUGACUAUUUGACUCUUGGAGGUGUAUUUUCGAAUGGACCUAUUGCUUUACUCUCUGGUCUAAAUCCUCGUCCAUUGAAAUUGGUUCUCCAUUUCUUUGCGGUGGCUAUCUAUGGCGUCAGCCGCUUAAUAGUUCCAUUUCCUUCAAUUCCACGCAUGUGGAUUGGAGCUAGAAUGAUCUCGGUUGCAUUAGUAAUCAUUUUCCCUAUCAUAAAGGCUAAAGGCAAAAGGAGUUCGACAAAUGUUCUUCCCUACAAUGCUCACCCAUUGCAGAUCUCAAGUUGUUUGAGAACAAGAAAUGCAAAGAUUUGA